AACUUAUUGAAUCUCUCCUCCUUUCUCAUAUAGGCUGUAGCCAUACGCCAUGUCUGGUCCUUGGAACAAACAUGUGCUCAUCACAGCUUACUUGCUAUGUGUUGUUGUUGCUCCAUGUCUAUCAGAGCUUGAGCGAUUCGCUCACGCCCCGAAACCAGAUGGCUCUCUUAGCUUUCUUGUCGUCGGAGACUGGGGAAGGAGAGGUGGUUACAAUCAAUCUAAAGUUGCUCUCCAGAUGGGCAAUGUUGGAGAAGAAUUGGACAUUGAUUUUGUAAUCUCGACUGGAGAUAAUUUUUAUGAUGAUGGACUCACUGGUGUGGAUGAUCCAGCAUUCCACCAAUCAUUUAUGGACAUCUACACAUCUCCUAGCUUGCAAAAGCAAUGGUAUAAUGUUUUAGGUAAUCAUGACUAUAGGGGUGAUGUUGAGGCACAACUGAGUCCAGUCCUUAGAGAAAUGGAUAGCAGAUGGAUUUGCUUGAGAUCUUUUAUCGUAAAUACUGAAAUUGCAGAAUUUUUCUUUGUGGACACAACUCCUUUUGUAGACAAAUACUUUGUGGAGCCAGAGGACCAUGUCUAUGACUGGAGAGGAGUACUGCCAAGGCAUCAAUACCUUUCUAAUCUCCUAAAGGAUGUGGAUUCAGCUUUAAAAGAAUCAAAAUCAAAAUGGAAGAUUGUGGUGGGUCACCAUACAAUGAGAAGUGUUGGACAUCAUGGGGACACCAUUGAAAUCCGAACCCAACUCCUUCCAAUCCUCAAGGCGAACAAAGUUGAUCUUUACAUAAACGGACAUGACCAUUGCUUGGAACACAUUAGUAGCAGAGACAGUGAUAUUCAGUACUUAACAAGUGGUGGAGGGUCAAAGUCAUGGAAGGGUGAUGUGGAUCCAUUGAAUCACAAGGAAAUAAAGUUGUAUUAUGAUGGACAAGGUUUCAUGUCUGCACAAAUCACUCAAACCCAAAUUGACGUGGCAUUCUAUGACAUUUUUGGGAAUGUUAUGCACAAAUGGAGCACAUACAAGCAACUUCUUCGCUCUGAUGCCUAGACAACUACUCUAAACAAUAUUGUCUGUGUACCAGAACAGCUUCAUUAAGAUCUAAAAGCCAGCUAUUAUCUUUGUACCUGUGGUGUGUAUGUAUGUAUGUCAGAAAUUCUCUUAUGCGGACACUCAUAAAUUAUAUUAUCUUACGCA